AAAGAGAGCAGAGAGAGAGAGAAAGAGAAAGAGUCGCUUCUGAGAGCUUCUUAGCGCGAGUGCGGUCGUCGUUUGAAUUGAGAGUGCGGAGGCCGAGCGGCCCGACGGCAUGGCGAGCAGCGGCAGGCGCUUUUCCAACUCAAACCCUGGCGCCAGGGUCACAAUCACCUUGGUGCGCGACGGCUUCAACCAGCCGUGGGGCUUCCGGCUGGCCGGCGGCGCCGACAUCGGAACGCCGCUCACCGUGCAAAGGGCGUUGGCAGGAACUCCGUCGGAAGGUGAGCUCAAGCCUGGCGACGUGAUCACCAAGAUCGGCGACCGCGACGCCCGCCACCUGAGCCACAACGACGCGCAGCACCUUUUCAAAAACGCCGGCAACAACAUUACGCUGCAAGUUCAGAGAGGUGAUCAGACGAAAGCCCCGUCGUCCUCGGCGCCCCUGUCUCCGCCCCAUGUGCUCUCGAAGCCGCCCCAUGCGCAGGGGGCAGUUGUGACCAACGGCGCGCCCCUCUCGCCGCCCACCCCCGUGCCGGUAAACAGUCCUCUGCAGGUGCAGACCGCCCACGCGCCCCCGACGUCCACCGAGCUCUUCAGCCCCGUGUCCGUGGUGCCCGCGCGAGGCCCCAACAGCCUCCAAGCCCUCACCUCGCCCACCCCCCAGCAGCAACCCCUGCCCAACAAUGACAAUUUCACAAAGACACUUAAAAGUCCUGUGCAAAACCUGCCCGUGACGACUUUCCCGCCUCCAUUGCCAGGUCUCUCCUCGGACGGAAGAGGACCCUUUGGAGUCAACUCUGCUCACUAUAACGAAUUGGCGGCCCCUGAGUGCGUCGACAUGCAGCCGUAUCGCACGACUCCUCUAGUGUUGCCUGGCGCCAAAGUGAAGCGCGAGGUGCCAACGACCUCGUACCUGCAGCACCACCCCAACCCUGCCAUGCGAGCUGGACCCCAGCACUACGAUCCGAACCUCGAGGUUUUGAUGAAGCAAAAGGUGGCCGACACUGUUUUGGAGCGCGUGGCUGGUCCCGACGCCAGUAAGAAGGCGUUUUCCAAGCAGUUCAACUCGCCGAUCGGACUGUACUCGGAACAAAACAUUUCUGAAUCGGUGCAGGCGCAGACUGGAGUGACUCCAUACGCCUCACUAACCGAGAUAAUCGGAAAUUCGAUUCACCUGUUGAACUCUAUGUCUGCCUCCUCCCCCGUCUACCCCUUGUGUGCCAAACCCCACAGUUACAAGGGCAAGAAGACGCUGUACUACGACCCCGCAAAGUCCGAGACCUUCAAGGCGCUCAAGGACGCCGAGCUGGGCGACACGGUCACCGAAGUGCCCGAGCCCAUCCAGACCAAGGUGUUCACCCCCCAGAAGCACAUCCAGCAUCCCCUCAACCAUAGGCCGCAAAAGCCAAAAUCUCCUCAGCCUCCGCCAGAAAAUUUAUUGGGCGACGAUAAAAUCCACCAGAGCUACUCAUUUAGACGCCUCAUGAAUGAAGUCCUUGGGGAAAGUGAGUUUUGAGAGAAACGAAUCAAAGAAGGAAAUUGUAAUAUAUUGAUUUACUGUUCGUUCAAAAACUAUGUAAAUAAAAGUUAACUAUAAAUACCUGCGCGCAACACGACGCACAACUCGGAUAACAAAACUAUUUUUAUGAACGAGAUGUUUAAAGUCUUUUUAAGAAUCUUAUCUAGCGAAAAAAUGAGGUUGCGUUGACUUUACUCAUGCGUAUCGAAGCUCUAACUUUAACUCUGUACGAUAUAAUAUUAACCGCGGCGGUAUAAGGAUAAGCCCAUUAAGUGAGAGUAGCUAGCUGUUGCCUCUAUCUUCUAUUCUAAUAAAUUAUUCUUGCUGGAUGUCUUUUGUGCACAGUUAUGAAUCUUGCCCGUAUUGUUGAGACACGAGUUUGCAAAUAAAUACUGUUUAAAUAAAUUUACUUUA